UGAUGAUGCUCCUGAUGUUGCAAAUAAAAUUAUAUUAAGGAAGCCAAGUUACACGUGGUAUUAAAGGUAAAAGAUAACGACAUCAACGCGCAAUAAAUCGUAUCACAAAGCGCCAAUAGAAUCCAGAAAUUCGAAAUGGCGCCUGUGGGCAGCGAGUCGCGAGACGCCAGUGCGGCGCGACGCAGCUCCAGCGCGACGAGCAUUGGGCACUACAUCCUCGGAAAAACCAUCGGAGAGGGGACCUUCGGCAAAGUGAAGUUGGGAACGCAUAUACUGACUGGAGAGAAGGUCCUUUUUUUUGUAUUUUUAGAUAGUAGUCUUCGUCCCUCCUACUAGCCGUCCUUGAUCAACUUCAUCUUAUAAUCACCUCCACUCUCCCACGACUCCCUCUCGUGGUCCCAAUAUUUGAUAAAGGUCGCUCAAAGCACUAAAUAAAACAACCGGUUCGACGUUUUUACCUCUAGCGUGUAGCCCCUUCAAACAAAAUAAAGGUCGCCGUGAAAAUCCUGGAGAAAGAGCGGAUAGUCGACGUUGCCGAUGUAGAAAGGGUGGCAAGGGAGAUCCACAUCCUGAAGCUCAUCCGACAUCCUCAUACUAAGGCUUCGCCUAAUCCACCUCUGUAGACAUCCUUCCAGCAUAUGCGCCCCAAUAGAUACAAGGGAGCUGCAGACGUUGGGGACGCAUAUGCAGCUUGAGGGAUUUCCACAGGGAUGAUGAAAAGAGCAUCUCCUCUAAUCAAAUAAUACAGCUGUAUGAAAUCAUAGAGACGCCGAAGCAACUUUACUUGAUAAUGGAGUUUGCGUCCGGCGGUGAACUCUUCGACUACAUCGUGUCCAGCUGCAGGGUCAAGGAGAAGGAAGCGGUAUUUAGUUCAUCGAAACUUUCACUUUGUUCAUAUUACGUAGUGUUCAGAGGACAUUUUUUAGAGAUCUCGAAUGGAUGGCGUUAAGCAAAAGAUUGAACACUGAUUUUUUUAGCAGUUGCACUGCUCAAAAGGGGAGAAAACUCAACAUCGUCUACACAUCACAGGUAAAAUUCUUCCAUCAAAUUCUAAACGGGGUCGAAAAAAUCCACUCAAUGCGGGUCGUCCAUCGGGAUUUGAAGCCUGAAAACCUUCUGCUAGACGGUCAGAAGCACAUCAAGAUCGUCGAUUUCGGUCUCAGUAACACCUACAAGCCAGGACAACUUCUGAAGACGGCUUGCGGGUCGCCGUGCUAUGCGGCGCCGGAAAUGGUAGUCUUGCUAGAAGUACAUCUUUCCGUUGCUUCCUCUUGUAGUUCCUGAACAUCAAUGUGCUAUUGUUAUUCUCGUCUCUAAAAAAUUUGUCACACCCACAGAUCGCCGGCAAGAAAUACGUUCCAAUCAUGUGUGACGUCUGGUCAUGCGGGGUUAUCCUGUUUGCGCUCGUUUGUGGGUAUUUGCCAUUUGAAGACCAGAAUACGGCUGCCUUGUACAAGAAAAUCCUGGGUGCUGAUUAUCAGACACCGAAAUUCAUUAGUGAGUCCGUAACGGACCUCAUAGGCCAGAUGCUGACGACAGAUCCGCAGAAACGAAUUACCUGUGCGCAAAUUAGAAAACAUCCAUGGUAAGUGUACGAUGACUUUGAGAUUUUGAGAUUGAUCUACUUGAUAAGUUCUUCCUAAAACUAGGUGGUCUGAGUUUUCGACCCUUUGCUGUGACCACUCCAACCUACAACUACAGUGUAUGUGUAAAUGCAAAGAUCAUGAAUAUGAAAGGAAUAUCUGUUAUCAUUAUCAAGUUUCGUAAGUAGGAAACAAGUACGAUAAUGAUAACAGGUUUUGGUUUCAUAAUGAAUGAGUUAGUAGUUCUUCUGCUCGUUUUCCAGCUCCACCAACCUCUUGCUUGUGGUCUUCAGGUACCAAGGCCUCUUCGGUCCUUACACGGAUUACGCAGCCCGACCACCAGAUAUUCAGUUUCUCAUCGGUCGAGGCUGUGAGGUGCCUGACUGUCCCUACUGCCUCCAUAGCCAGACGAAAGAAGGCGGAAUUCCUAUAGAGGAGGACAUAGUUCAGCAAUUGGAAAAGUAUGGGUUUCCGAGAGGUAAUGUUUUUUUUCCUUUGGAUUUUGACAACAUCACUAUCACUUCUAAGUGUUAUAAAGGAAUUCCCUUUUGGUGCUUUUUCUUGCAGGAACUACUUUUAAAAAUGAAGACUCCUCGAGGACCAUCUUCCCACAGAAUACGCCCUGAAGUGCCUCGAGAUGAACAAGCACAACCACGUGACCACCACCUACUACCUGCUCGCACGACGCAAGUUCCGCGCGAUCAUGUCUUCGGACGAGGAAGGCACAGUGUCAGCCGCGGAUGUGGCUCAACCUAUGGCCGCGUUCGACCUCCAACAAGGCAAUUGGCCAGGUGAGGGGGUUCCGAUAUACUCGGUCAACACGAAUCCGCAAAUACAUCAACCUGGUAGGGCUUUGAAUUGGGAACUUCCAUUUGGCAACGGAGCAUAUCAAACCUGUAGCAGUGGAGAAGAGCAUUCAGCGGGAGCUGGAGGAGGUGGUCAGCAGCAGAGAAGUGUUAAGGGUCCUCGUUUCCAAGAAAUUGCAUCCUGCAGUAGCAUCCUUGACGACAUAUUUUGGAACAAUGAUUAUAUAUAGGAACUAGAAAAUAGAGGCCAAGUAGGAUUUUCUUCUGAGGAAUGCAAAAAUGGCGUAACCACGACCUGCUCUAAUAGUGUGUAUGACCAGCAUGGGAUGGAUGUAGCAAUGAUGAGUGCUCGCGGAGAACAUCAACCAGGAGUCGUGAAUCAUCUCGGGAUAAGAGCACCUGUUGGUAGUACCGUACCUGGAACAGCACAGCAUAGCACACACCUGCACCAACUCUUCGUAGGUGCGGCGCCAGCGUCAGGGAGUACGAGUGCACGAGGGCCGCGAAGUACGUCUAGAAGUGCAGGAACGAGACGUGGUGGGUCGUCUACUGCGCGUGGGCCAGCACCGUCCACCUCUAGUGGAGGAGGAGCGCGACCAGCCAGUCACGAUGGACGAGGGAUGAUAGUGGACCCGGCGUACCAUUACAGCGGUUACAAGGCUGGAACCACUGUACCUGGUGGAGGAGGCGGAAACGCUACUUAUAGUGCGAGUGGGGCUGUUAUGUUGAUACUACCUGAUAUCUACUUAAUCAUCUUUGUAUUUCACUGUUGAUGUCACUGGUGGUACUACAAGUACAACAAGAACAACUUCUUCUAGUGCUUUUUAACCUCUACCUUCUACUGCUUUUAACCUCUAACCUUAACCACGAGACCUCUAUUUGCAUCUCUGCCUGCGCAUACUACCAUGAAAACCUCCUCGUCUAAUGAAAGCGCCGGCUCCGGCGGCGGCUCUAGCAAAGUGCCCAACGGAUACGUGACGCCACGUGGCUACGGUUACGCAAAGCCAACGUAUAGUAGUACUGCCUCCAGACCCUGGAGCGUGAAAGCGCGUGGAACCUCAACGGACCCACAAGGAGCGGCCGCCAGCGGAGGUGGAGGGGCUUCGCCGCACGUCCAGUUUCAACCUAGAAGUACACGAGCAGGAGGUGCGACAGGGGGCAAUAGUAGCAAUUAUGAACGAUGAUCAACAUUUGAUGAAUAAUAGGACAAGUAGGACAACGAUGAUCAUUUGAUGAAUAGUAGAAGUUGUAGAAGUUAUAGACCACAAUCUUGUGCAGUAGUAGAACAUGAAUACUUUAAAUUGUUUAGAAUAAAUAAAUAGAUCUUUCUUGUUCUUAAUCUUGAAAGCAAUCUUGAAAUAAAGAAGUUGUAUCCAUUCUUCUACUAAGUUGUAUAAAUAAAUAUAUUCAUCUACUUGUUCAAACAUGAUCUUCUAAUUCCGCAACAACAUGCACGUCGGGCGUUCGAUGGUCACAACGCCACGUAGUGCUGGCGCACCCUCGAUCCCUAACAGACCACAGUCCUCUUCCUCUAGGAAUCAACAGCGGAAUAAAACCGUAGUAUCCACCUCUAUGAAAGAAAAAAGUGCACUCACUCUCACACUCAAGGAUUCAGGGCAGCUUCUAGGAUUCAAGUACUAGGAAAGUAGCUAGUACUUCCUUGGGUGUGAGUGCACUUUUUCUUUUCAUAUCCUCCAGUAAUCCAACGCCUGGCGCAGUAACCCCCUCUACAACUGCCCCGCCUGGUACUACUAGAGGACCCAGUAGUAUUAAGGGUUGGAACAAGUUGAUCUAUCUUCUAAACCCCAGUUGUGUCUAAGUCUAUGAUCUUUUCAAUUUCAAGGGUGUUGAAAAAAAAGAUAUGCGAGGACGAGGGGCUUCUAGAUCAUAGGUCAACUUGCAACCCCUAAUAGAAAUAGUACUGGAGGUCCUAUCUUGAGCAAUAACCUCCCAGCAGGGACGCAACAGGGGAAAAUGAUGCUUACCGCGACUGGCGCAGUGGUGAACUACUACGGCAGUGCAACUCCUCAACCACCAGCUCACCUGAACGGAGUAGUCCCCCCCUUGAACGGUGCAAUUGGCACGAAUGGGCCACCCUCGUGGACAGCGACUGGUCGAGUACCCUUGAGUGCAAGAGGCGUUAGCAGCAACAUCAACAACUUCCACGGGUACCAUGGGGCACCAGGCACAACAACCGCAGGAGGUCCAGGAGUAGUUUCCGGCUUGAGUGCAGCGCCGCUUAGCGCGAGGACGUACGCCUCGACCAGUAGGCCACCGGGAGCGUAUACUUAUGACAACAAGUAAGUAAGUAAGUACUUAAGUAAGUAAGUAAGUAAGUAAGUAAGUAAGUAAGUGAGUAAGUUAGAAGUAAGUGUUGAGUAUCUAUAAGCAUUUGCACUUUAAAGCAUUUGCACUUCAACUUCUAGUGAUGAAGCAGAGGAUUAUUUCUCAGAUAACCUCCGCUCUCGUGAGUUUGACUUUGAAAUUCUCUAAUCCUCCAGUUACGACGUCGUCUCAAGUUCGAACAAGAGUGCCAAGCAGAUCCUAGGCGAACUGCAGAGAGCACUCACCAUGCAACGCGUGAUGUUCAAGCAAAGCCAUGCUACUACAGGACCUGUGAUGAAAUGCCAGAAACAUGCGGUAUAGUUGGAACCUCUUGUGUCUUGUUUACACUCUGAAGAUUUCUUCGUAGCAGGCUGCUGGGAAAAACAACCUUAGACUACAUACUACUUCUUCGAUCUUCUAUGGUAUACUUAUUUUUGGAUUACCUCCUUUCACCCUAUCGUCCGAAAAAUGUGACCACCUUAUCAACCUCGUCCUUCUAGAUAAAAUUCGACCUCGAAAUCAGCGGACUGGAGGGCGUGGAGAGCCACAUGGUGAAAUUCCGAAGGACAGGGGGAGACGUCACCCAAUACAAAGAACUAUGCAAUAAACUGCUGACGGAAAUCAAAGUCUAAAGAAAUGAUGAAAUGUGAUCUAUAAAUAUCAUUUUCAUUACAAACUAGGGAUAUUGAACCUGUUGUAAGUGAUGUAAGUACCAAAAGAAUUCGCAAACUCGUCAUCGAUUUCAAUCGCAAGUGCGAAAUUUCCAUCACACAAAAUAAUUCUUCUUCUUCGUAUAACGAAUGUUUUGUUUAUCGAAUAAUCUAUACUCACCAAAACCAACUUCUACGUUAAGUGCUAUCUUAAGGGCAUUAAUUUAAAAAUGAGGCUUAAAAAGGAUCAGGUGAUGGCCGCUCCGCCCGUGCGGUUCAUCCUUGAGACUAGUAGGCCCAGUAAGUAUCUGUAUCUAUGCUAGUUAUGUCUUCGUUUUGUAAGCUACGAACAUGACCACCAAAAAUAUCAAAAGAACAUGUUAACAGUACCACAAUAAAGCUAAAGGGUCGUUUCUUUUUGGCAUCUCCCUCUUUUGUGUCCCUUACCUUGGGAGGUGCCCGGGCGUAUGUUUGUUCGUGUAAAUGUAGGGUCCUUCUACUUGAUCGGGGUGUCGCCAUGGUGGAUGAAAAGUGUAGAGUUAUAGAGAUGAAGAUAACGCGCACGCGGAAAAGAGAAGUAUAGAAGUAAACAGGGCCGGUUUUCUUUCUCUUCUCCAUUAUGAUAGAGGACGAACACCGCAGAUGAAACAAAUAACAUAAAUGAAGAAAUACGAUUAGCAUUACUGCUUACAAGUUUCUUAUUUUUUUUGGACAGUAUAAUGUAGUGGUUAAGGUACCGCAACAUCUGAUGAAUCAAACUAUGAUAAUGUAGAAUUAUCCGGUGCUAGUUUUCAAUACCCUUAAAAUCUUAUUGUUUUCGUUUCAUUAGAAGAAAUUCAUAGUCAGGACUAGUAGUCAACAAACAUGUUCGUAUAUUAAUCAUAAUCUUCAAAUAAGUUGUCAAUAUUCCUAUGUAUUCAUGAUAGGUCGUGUGAAUAUCUGUGAUCAUUGAAGAAUUAUUGAUUUGAGUAGAUGGUCAAGGUCAUGUUGUUCGAGCGGCAGAAUAUUUCAGCGGAAGUAGUGUGUGCCCCACUUAUCCCACAAUGAGGUGAUCGCAGAUGGUCUGGGGCCUGUGGGAGCGGCGGCACGAACGCACAGAAAUUGUCUCAGCCAAGCGCGUAGCGCCACGAUGAUGAACAUGAUCGUUUGCAAUUACAACUUAGUACGAGUACCUCCACCUUGUCCGUAUUGAAGAAUUCAAUUUUUCUCUAUCCAUUUCAACAUUAAUCAUUUUCUUUUUUGUAGUGCACAAUCUAAACCUGCACUACCAGCUACUAAUUGCUACACAUGAUCACAAUGAAAACGUCAACGGGUUUCGGUAGACGACAAGAGAACCCGUGAAAGGGUCGACGAGGCAAUCCCACACCUAACGAAUCGUUAAAGUUUACUGCAAGCCACUAAUUAGAAGGACUCUUAUUUUCAUUUGCCUAGCCCCACUAGAUUAAGGACUGUUCAUCUCAAGUUGUAGUUGCGUGCAUGAUAAGAAAUUCAUGAGCAUGAUGAGCUUAUUCAUCGUCAACAGCACCAGUGUGUGCGUACUACCCGAAGAUAAUUCAUGAUGUAGGGCUAAAAAUAUAGAAGAUAUGAUGAGUAGAAGAUACAAAUAAAACGAAUACCAAUUAUCCCAUAGAUAUAAAUGAUCAUCAUUCAUAAGUCGAGUAAAUAUUAUAUAAUCGGGAUAAAGGUAUCAUUUCACGAUCAUUUAGCACCAGGAUAAGGAGAUUAGUAGCUGUUACUAGAAGAUAAAAUGUAAAAAUAUGCGUCGGGGUAUCACGAAGAAGAACAGUGUGACAACGCUCCACCACACAACUAAAUGAAGUCCUUUUCAUCUCAUCAAAAAAUCAAAUCUUUCUUUUUUCGAGCUGAGUAUCCUCCGAAGAAACAGUAAGAAGUUUCGAAAAAGAUAUUGUGACAG